CGGAAUUUGGGCGACAUUUCUGUAGACCGCUUAUAAUACUGGAGUACCUCUAAUGUGUUUAAGCUGUCUCCUUGAGAGGUUGCCACAGUGCUAGACCUUGAAAAAGUGACUUAUCUAAAAUAUAGACACACUGAAAGCUGAAUAAAAUCAUUUCAUCUCCUGAUUUCAAACAGAGCAGUUGCACUUUGCAAAUUCUGAAAAAAAAAAAACUUGAUAACUGAAAAAUUUGAGAAACAUGUCUGACUACGGCGAAUUUCCACGUGAAUACAAUAAUGCUGAGCCGGAGCAGCAGAACCAGAAUGAGCAAAAAGAGGAAGAUAUUUGGCAAGAGGAUGAUGCUGCUACUUUGAAUGAGAAGGCAGUGGUCGCCAAUGAAUGGCCGGAAAUAAAGCUAUUUGGUCGUUGGAACUGCGAUGAUAUUACUAUUAGUGACAUUUCAUUGCAAGACUAUAUUGCCGUUAAGGAGAAAUUUGCACGCUAUUUGCCGCACUCGGCUGGACGUUAUGCCGCCAAGCGUUUUCGCAAGGCUCAGUGUCCGAUUGUGGAGCGUCUGACUUGCGGAUUGAUGAUGAAGGGUCGCAGCAAUGGCAAGAAAAUGCUUGCCUGUCGCAUUGUGAAGCAUGCAUUUGAAAUAAUUCAUUUGCUUACCUCGGAGAACCCAUUGCAGGUCACGGUGAAUGCCAUUGUGAAUGCCGGACCACGCGAGGACUCCACUCGCAUCGGACGCGCUGGAACUGUGCGUCGUCAAGCUGUUGACGUUUCGCCGCUGCGUCGUGUCAAUCAGGCCAUUUGGCUGAUAUGCUCGGGAACUCGUGAGGCCGCUUUUCGCAACAUUAAAUCUAUUGCCGAGUGUCUGGCGGAUGAGAUAAUAAACGCCGCCAAGGGAUCAUCCAACUCGUAUGCCAUCAAGAAGAAGGAUGAACUGGAGCGGGUGGCCAAGUCCAAUCGUUAAAUUUAAAUAUAGCAAACCUUACAAAAAUAAAAAAUAAAUACAUUUUCCUAUAAA